UAGCAAUAGAAAAAUAAAAUUUUAUGUUUAUCACAUAUUAUAAUUUUUUAAAGCUAUUCGAUUGUUUUUUUUUCAUUUAAAUCAAUCUAUUUUAAACCAGUAACCUAAAUAUUUUUUGAAUUUUAUCUUCUAUCUUUCUUUAAUGUUUGACAGUAUUAAAAAAUUAUCGUCAGUGAUUCAACAGAUCAAUUUAGAACAGAUGUUUGAAUAUGAUUGGAAAACAACGAUAUUUUUUGAAAUCUAUCAAAAAAUGCAUUUCAUGCCGCUUUUACAGAAAUAUUUCAAAUAUGCCAAUUGAUGAAAAAUCAAAAUAUGCAAAAGAUAAAAUAAAGGAGCUAAAAUUAAAAAAGGAACCUAAUGUUAACAAUAAGUCUCAGUUCAAAAAUUGCAAUUGCUUUCUGCCAGAUUAUAAAGGCAACAUAAGAGUUUGCAUGAUUGGAGGAUGCGCGUCAUUGAUAUACGCUGCUGUUCUUUUAAAACAAUUUCGUCUUAUAAAACGAAUACAUGUGGUGGACGCAAAAGAUUCAUUAGCUAAUGCAAUUUUAGAUGUCAAUCGCAUUGAUACAUCGCCUCGUAUUAAACAUUUUAAAAGAAAACAUUUAAAAGAAGCCCUUAAAAAAGUAUGUAUUUAUUUAUUAAACAAUGAAAAAAUGAGUAGCACAGCAUUGACUACAUAAUAUUAAUAUGCAGAAAUCGAUAUUAUUUACAGAUAAACAUUAUUGCAUUGAUGGAUGAAACAAAUCCCAACAAUGAAUUAAAACCCACAGCACAGUUUGAGGCUGCGUCGUCAUACGUAAGCGAGAUGGCUGAACAAAUGGCACAAUUGAGUUCAGAAUCUUUGGUAGCCGUUUUUACUCGACCAGUAACAGCUACACUGCCCAUGGUAUCAGAAAUUUACAAACUCGCUGGAUGGUGGGAUCCGGACAGAAUUAUUGGUUCCAUUGCACGUGAUCGCAUGCGAAUGGAGGCAUUAACCGCAAAUCUGUUAGAUUUAAAUCCUGCAUUCUUAUCAGUCCCAAUGGUUGGCGGAGCAGAUUUGAACACUGUUGUUCCGCUUUUAUCUUGUGCUUCUCCGAUAAAUCGGUUUACUAAUGUAUGAAACUAUAAUCAUUUAUAUUAAAUUAUUGAUAGUUAAAAGGAAGAAUUUUUCGUAAUUAAAAAUUUAUGUAGGUGCAACAAGAAAUGUUGUUACAAUCGUUACGUAGCUCAGAUAGAGAAAUGAAAAAUAUUGAAUUCAAAGGUCCAAUAUUGUCUGAUGGAGCAGCAACUGCCAAGUUAAUCCUAGCGCUUGCCGAAGGACUUAGCGGCCAUAAAAAUAUUAUUUCUUCUGCUUAUGCACGAUCAAACAUUUUGCCGGGAUGUCGAUACUUCACUACCAAAUUGCAAUUCGGUCCAGGCGGUAUACAAAAAAACUUCGGACUACCUAAAAUGUCAUGACAAAUAGUAUUACUGUCGAGAAUAUGAUUCUUAUAAAUACUGACUCUUAUAAAUACUGAAACUGUAAAUAUCAAAGCAAAGCACAAAGUGAUUUAAGUUUAAAUUUGGCACCAACGGUUGAUUAAAAUGGGAAUUUUUAGCUUUCUGUUAUCAAGAUUUGGCAAAAUUAAAGAGAUAGAAAAAUAUGGAUAUAGUACAGAACAAAGACAGAAAAGAAUUGUUGGAAUUCUUAUAUUAUAUAGCGUGUUACUUUAUAUUAUAUCAGCAUUUAUUUUUUAUUUCUAUUUCUUCCAAACAUCACUAUAUGACCAAAUAUUCUAUAUUAUUUCGUUGUUAAUUUUUCCAAUUUUUAAUUUGAUAUUGCAUUCUUUUAUUAUUGUUUAUAAUUAUUGUAAUGAUACAUUUUAUUGUCACAGAAUAUUGCUUACAAAAAAAAUGGUAACAUGGUAUUAUAAAUCUAAAAUUUCUAAAAAUCAAGAUAAAUUAAGUACCAUGCAAUCUGAGAAAAAAAAAAUUUUAGAUGAAGUUACAGAGACUGAAACGUACAAAAAAGCUAAAGAAAUUCUGUUAAAGUUUGCUCCUGAUCAACUAACAAUAAUGACUUCAGUAAAAUUGAGGAAACGUGCGAUAAUGAAUCAGAAUCAAACACAACUUGUGCAAAAUAAUAUACCUACUGACACUAAUGUUCCAUGUGAUACUCUUGUUUGUAAUUCACCAAAUAUUCAUUUACAGAGUGCUGAUAGAUCAAUUAAUACUCCAAAUAAAGAUUGUAAAUCUCCAGUAUCACAUUUACCAAUAUUACCACGUCCAAUAUUACCUAAAAGAAGAACUAGUUUGGAUCGAUUAAUUGAUUAUCUUGUUGGAGAUGGUCCAUCAAAUCGAUAUGCAUUAAUUUGUCAAAGUUGUGAAUCGCACAAUGGAAUGGCUCUUAAAGAAGAAUUUGAAUAUUUUGGAUUUAAAUGUAGUUAUUGCAACUUUUUGAAUCAUGCGAGAAAACAGAAACCGUCUGCUCCGAAACUAAUGUAUGAUGUUAAGCGUAAUUCAUCUUUAAAUACUUCUGAAUACUUGUCAUCUGAUGAAAAUAGGGAACAUUUGAAAAACGGACAAACAGAAUCAAUAAAUUAAGAAAUAUGCCUGAAUUAACUGAACUCGAUAAAGCUGCAAGUUCUGAACCUGCUAAAGUUGAAGCAACAGGAGCAGGAUCAGGAACUGAUACAGAUUCAGAUGACACUAUUCCAGAAUUGGACGAUGCAGGGGCUGGUGGUACUGUUGGUUUUCCAGGGACAACCGUCACUGGUCUUCCCAUCGAUAUGGUUUCUAAAGCUAAACAAAGUCGAGGAGAGAAAAAGGCCAGGAAGCUAAUGAGCAAAUUGGGAUUGAAGCCUGUGCAAGGUGUUAAUAGAGUAACUAUACGUAAAUCAAAGAAUAUUCUGUUUGUAAUCAAUAAGCCAGAUGUGUUGAAGAAUCCAGCCUCAGAUACUUACAUAGUAUUUGGCGAAGCCAAGGUUGUUGCUCCAAUACAAGAAGAAUCAGAAGAAGAAGUAGAUGAAACGGGAGUCGAAGAAAAAGACAUUGAUUUAGUAAUGUGUCAGGCCAAUGUCUCCCGAGGGAAAGCCAUUAAAGCUCUUAAAAAUAAUCAGAAUGAUAUCGUUAAUGCUAUUAUGGAAUUAACAAUGUGAUGAAGCUACUUAGCAAUAGAGUGUGCUACGUCGUAGCUAUCAUUGAGACAUCAUUUUAUUUUAUCAUCUACAUCAUCAAGAAAAAUCAUCAUCCUUUUUUUUCCUCUCAUUAAAAGGAUUAAACUCGAAUACUAAGAGGCUAGAUUUCGUAUGAAGACCAUGACUUGCCUCGAAGAAAUCCACAUGUAUAUACAUAAUUCAUACAUAAAAAAUAAAUAUACUAAGGACACUA